AAGCCCAGGUAGUUUGACCGAGCUUCGGUCAAAGUGCAGAUAGCGUGACCGCAGUUGUCCGAUAAACCUUGCACAGGAGUGAGAGGUUAAAACAGGAAAGAAGUCGGACUUUGCAGAUCACACGGAUAGGCUACUUACAGGUACAGCAAUUCCAACAAGAUGCUCAUGGGAAACAAAAUACUUUUAGGAAAUCUUACGAUUCUUCUCUUCCUUGGGUCUCUUGUCUCCACUCCACUGAAAAUCCAUAAGAGGAUAGUAGAUGGUAGACAGUGUCGGGCAAAUGAAGCUCUCUACCACGUGGGCCUCUGCCGAGCACCAUGUAAUCAGAAACAUGAUGUGUUUUGUGGCGGGUCCCUCAUCAACCGAAAGUGGGUUUUGUCUGCAGCUCACUGUGAUGACCCACAGAAAAGCGAUUUGAGCGUGGUCAUCGGCACACAGGACCUGUCGAACACAGCAUCCUGGAAAGUCAUCAAGGGCAAGACCAUCAAGCACGAUAAAUAUGACAGGAAAACUCUUGACAGCGACAUCAUGUUGGUGGAGCUGGAAGAAUCCAUCACCCCCAGCAACACCAUUGAAAUCAUUGGCCUGCCAACAGGAUGUGAUGUCAACAACGAGCCUCCAACGAUGCUGCAGUGUCUCCUGGCCGGCUGGGGGGUGUAUGGGUGGACUGUUCCAAAAGGAAAAACCCCUGGCACUCCACUCUUCCCUGACCACCUGGACUGUCUGGACACCCACAGAGCUGAGUGCCCUAUGGAGGACACCAUCCUCCCUGUCACCCCCAACAAAUUCUGUGCUGGGGGCGAUGGAGACUCCUUCAACUGUGGUGACUUUGGUGGAGGUUUGGAAUGUGUCCACGAUGGGAGGAAGGAACUUUACGGAGUGGCAUCAAGUUUCCGAGCCCCACCCACCUCUCAGCCAGCCAAAUUCACCAAAGUCUGCCAGUUUGUUGACUGGAUAAAAGGCCAUGUUGCAGAAUUGAAGUGACCUGGGGAGUAAUGGGAGAUCUCCUCUGAAGAAGCCCAGUCCUCCUCCAUACACUGCUCUCAUCCCUCUCAAUUUAGCACAGCAGGGACUGUGGUUUUAACUGUGCAACCUGCGCUCAUAGUGUGUGAUCUAUUUUUAAAAUGUUUAUUUAUUUCACCCUUUUCAGAGAAUACACCCUUUCAGGAAUAGGUUCACAAAUUGUACUGCAGAUGCUCAUACAAAUGCCUUAGGCACACUUCAUAUCAAAGACCCCUGAAAGUGUCCUUUUAACAGUUAUAGAAGUUAUUUUUGAGUGUUUUCUAUUAGAGGUAUGCAAUAUUCAUCCCAUUCCAUCAUUCUAAAAUCUUUAAAAAAUGAACAUCCAAAUACUAUUUGAGUCAAAAAGGCAAUUAUCCAAUACAAAAUUAUUAAUUAUAUGCAUCCCUAAUGUAGUUUUACCCAAUAGUCUCUGGAGGAACUGCUUAUCAAUUUCUUAGAUUCCAAGAGAUUCUCCUAUGCUUGUUGGUGUUGUUGGGAAGAACCAACUUUUUUUUGUUGGCAAACCCACUUUAUUUGCACUCUUCAAAUUGCAGGAUUUGCAUGUAACGUUUUGAAAUACAAGCAUUGAAAUGUGGAAGGCUAAACCAUGUAGCUAAAUGAGUUAUCAGUUUUGAAACCUCAGUCAAAAUUUGUAUAGGUCCAUUUUGUUGAAUCCAAAUAGUUUAAGUAGCCUAAAAAAUAAAGUCAAAUACAAA